AUGGUCACCACCACCGCCGCCGCCGCCGCGACCCUGUCGGAGCCGCGGCGGGCACCUCCGGGGGCCCUCGGGUGUCCGUUGGCACCGGAGGCCCCUGUAGUGUUUCCCGGCCCGAGAACGUCGGGGGAGGGUCUUCAGGCCCGCUGCCCGCGCUGGGGCUGUGCUCAGGCCCUGUCCGUGCGGGCGUCCGUCAGCCGCGCUCUCCGGGGCCAGCCGCUCUGGAGGCCGACAGCCUCGACGCGGAAGGAUCUGCUCCUGCCCCUGAGUUUUGGCACGAAGCCCCAGAAUGAGUCUCGCCGGGCUGACCUGAAGAGCACAUUUCAAACCUUUGGGAAAGAAGUGUGCCUCAUAGAUCAUUCGAUGUGUCCCGUCCCCAGCACUGUUCAUCGAGAGCCCAUCUGCUGUGAGUGCCAGGCCAAAUUCGGGGGCUGCCUGCCGGUGCCCAGGGUCAAGGCCAUGUUGCCUUACUGGGUCCCUUUGUCCUUGAGACCCCGAAAGCAGAUCCAAAAGAUGGUCCGGUUUUAUAUCCCCAAAACCUCCGAGGCAUGCCCCUGCCCAUGCCACCGCUUUGGGGGCCGCCUCCCGAUGCCUAGGGAUCAGGCCGUGAUGCCCUACUGGGUGCCCCAGGUCCUGAGGCCUCACAAGAAGGUGGUGAAGAGGCAGCAGAGAUGUAAAGGCGUCCAAGGGCCUGACUCGCUUUCUCGCCUAGAACCCCCUCUGGACUUGCGCUCCUGGUACAACCGCUGGCGGAUCUGCUGUGACGGGCGCCUCCUCCUCAAGUGGCAGCAGCUCCAGGCCCUUCACCAGCACGAGCCACUGGCCCCAGGGAGGGGAGUGAGCCCCCUGGCCCCCCUCCUGCCCUUCAGCCUCCUGACCCUCCUGCAGGCGGUCCUGAGGGUCGUGGUGGCCAUUCGCCACUUGUUUUGGGUUUGAAGUUGGAGUCUUCAGCCACUGCCGAGAACAUCAACGAAAAUGUCAGUCAUAAUCAAGGUCUUUAAUGAAAGCCGUCAAGUCAGGAGGAGUCUGUGAUAAGCCACCAUUUUCUCAGGUCCUAUACCUCACACCUGGGGUUGGGUCUAAGUUCUUUCUCAUCAGGCAGUGCUUCGUUGUGGUGCAGCUGCUGUGGAUGCGGGUGAGACUCUGGCGAAUGCGGCCAAUAAAUGUUAUUUAUGAAACUCCAGAGUGGCGCCUGAUUGAAUGGUGACACUGGUUCCGCUUUGUGGAGGGGGGCGUGUUCUCUAGCCCAGCGUCCCUGAGGGAGAGGGGCCGCCUCUGUGUCUCUCUUCCCUCUGCCCGGGACAGCGGGCCCACCAAUGACGGGCCAGAGGUGCCGUUGGCACCUGUGUCAGGUGGCUCACGCUUUAGUGAGUUGCAUAAAAUUAUGGAAGUUGAGGUUUUUUUAAACUGAGAUGUCAUUCACAUCAUAAAAUUCACCUUUUUACAGCAUACGAUUCAGUGGAUUUUG